AUGAAACAAUGGAAAGCAAAUGUCACUCUGGAUCCAGACACAGCCUAUCCCUGGCUCAUCCUGUCCAAGGAUCGGAAAAGCAUGGGAUUGGGAGACAAAAAGCAAGUCCUGCCCAACAAACCUGAGAGAUUCAACUACUGGCCUUGUGUGUUGGGACGUGAGGGAUUCACAGCAGGCAGACAUUUCUGGGAAGUCAAUGUGGGAAGUGGGGAAGAGUGGGCUUUGGGGGUCACUAGAAAGUCUGUGAGGAGAAAGGGCCACUUCUGCAUAAGCCCUGAGGAGGGGGUCUGGGCUGUGGAGAAGUGUGAAGGCAAGUACUGGGCCUUGACCUCCCCUGACUCCGAUCUGACCCUGAAUGAGGAGCCCAGGAGGAUCCGGGUGACUCUGGACUAUGAAGGGGGAUGUGUGUCUUUUUCUGACGCUGACUCAGGAGCCGAACUCUACACAUUCUCAGGAGCCUCGUUCUCUGGAGAGACCCUCCUCCCUUUCUUUUAUCUGGAUGACAUUAAAACCCACCUCAGUAUCUCCUGAGGAGACUAAAUCUGCCUCUCAGGCCCAGUAGGAGUUUCUCUCCAGACAAGAGUGACUGAUAUAAAAAACAUUUACCCGCCAAGAGCACGUUGGGCAGUUUUUCAAGGGCCCUUUGAGAGGAUUCAUUCCAGUCAAAAUCAGCAGAAAUAACAAAACAAAAAUGGGUUGCUGUUGCUUUGUAUUUUCCUUUCUUUCCCCAGAAUUCCCUCUGCAGCUUACUUCUUCAAGAGACAGUCACACUUUUAACAGUCGCAAUAAAUAAUCUUUUCCUCACCUUCAAUCUUGUUUUCCUUUUGAGAUGUCUGAUUUGGCAGAGCACAAGACUCUUAAUCCCAGGGUUGUGGGUUUGAGCCCCACGUGCAGCAAAGG